AUGGAGACCUCAGAGCGCCUCCCAGGCCCAGUCAGCGCCACGGCCGGCCCAGCCGCGCCCAGUUGGCGCGCGCGGUUCGCAGUGGGCGCGCUGGUGGGCGCGGCAGUGGCAGGCGCUCGACGCAGGGGCGUGAGGGGCGUGGCGCGACGGGUCGCCGCGGCGAAUGUCGCUGGCUUGGAAGGCCCGAAGAUGUGCCUCGUGGUCUUCGGCGGCACCGGCUACAUCGGACGGGCGACUGUCAAAGAGCUGGCUGCGCGUGGGCACGAGGUGGUGGUUUGCACCCGAAGUAAGUCCGGCAUCGGGGGCAAGGAGUCCCUAGAGGAUGUCCAGAGAUCCUUCGCAGGUGAAGGGAACAUCACUGUCGUCGAGGGCGACGUGACAGACCCUGCAGCCUUGGAUGCCUUGUUUGCCUCGCUCCCGCGGACAGCGCAGGGCGCCGUGUGCUGCUUGGCCAGCCGCUCCGGGGGUCGUCAGGAUUCCUUCGACAUCGACUAUCAAGCCACUGUGAACUGCGUCGAGGCUUCGCGAAGGGCGAAGCUGGCGCAGUUCGUGCUGCUCUCCGCUGUGUGCGUCCAGCGGCCUUUGCUGGCCUUCCAGGAAGCCAAGCUCAAGGCAGAGGCGGAGCUUUGCAAGGAGGGGCCCAUGGCCUAUUCCGUGGUGCGUCCCACCGCCUUCUUCAAGUCCCUCUUGGGACAGGUGAAAGGCGUGAAGGGUGGAGCGCCCUACGUGAUGUUCGGCGACGGCACCGAGGUGAGGUGCAAGCCCAUCAGCGAAGAGGACUUGGCGUCCUUCAUGGCCGACUGCUUUUGGGAUCCAGCGAAGAAGAACCAGAUCUUGCCCGUUGGUGGACCCGGCCCGGCCUUGUCCUUCAAGGAGCAGGGCGAGUUGCUGUUCAGCCUCGUGCAGCAGAAACCCAACUUCAUCUGCGUGCCCUACGGAGUCUUCGACUUCGUUCAAGGAAUUCUUGACUUCAUCGCGAGUCUCUUCCCCUCGCAGUCAGAUCUGGCCGAAUAUGGGCGGAUCGGGCGCUACUACGCGGAGCAGAGCAUGCUGGUCAUGGACCCCGCCACUGGGAAGUACAGCGAGGAGCUCACGCCCUCCUAUGGCAGGACGGACCUCAAGACCUUCCUGACCGAAGCCCUUCAGGAGGGAUCGAAGAAGUUGGAGUCGCAGCAGUUGGGGGAACAAGGACAAAGCCUGGCUUUGGCGCCGCUGCUGGAGUUCGGUCGAGGAAAACAGGUCGACUUCGCCGCUUCCUUUGUAAAGGAUUCUCUAUUGCCAUAUUGGAAGAACUAG